AUGCCGUAAGUCAUUUGGUUCUGCUUAUUCAUUUAGACCAACGACCAAGUUGAUAAACGUCCGCUAGGACUGUCAAAAACACCUGCAAAAUAAAUUGAUUAUAGUUAUGGGUGAAAGUAGUGUAUUUUAAAGGAUCACAAUAACACUUAAAGACAUAGCGCUAAUCUGCACGCAAACUUGAAUAGAUUUCUGCCUUAUAUGAUAACUUUUACCAAGGUUAGUGGAAUAUACCUGUUUGCGAUGCCGAAGCAAGUGGUUGGAGUUGGAAAUCACGUGUUCAAGGGCGCAUGACUAAAUAAUCGGGUCAAGCUGCCCAAUCCACCAGUAUUUUCGGAACAGUAGGAUCUAACAAAAACACCGCUUGUUUUGCACAACGUACGCAGAUUAGUAAACUAAACGGUUUCAGUAUUUUUAGACAUCACUCGCCUGGACGACCUUCACAGGGGGCCAAUCAGAGCGGAGCAAACCCAUGGGCGCCGUUCGUUUAUAUCUGCACGUAGCCAUUGCUGGACAGCAGUCAGACCGAGGGAAAAGUCGCAGCUAAUUUAAGAAGAAUUUCGACGCAUAGCGAGAUCAUGCAGAAUAAUUAUAUAAUAAUUAAUUUACCACUGGAUGCCGGCUUUCGAACGAACUUCUUUCAGGCCGCAUGCAAAAACGACUACUUAAUUAGCAUGCGUUUUACUCAUUGAUUUUCAGAGCCUUUAAAAACUCAAUUAUAUUUCAUGGAAAACACGCAUAAAAAUAUUCAUUUGUUUAUUUGCUUGGUAGAAAAUUACGUCACCUUCCAAUUUUAUACUCAAAGGUUAGGUAAAAUUCUGUUUUCAAAAAGUUUCUAACAGUGACAUUCUUUAUUGACGUGAAAUGCUCGUUCAUAAAACGUCAUGCCUCUGCAUUUGCUAACGUGGCUUGUAAAGUUUUGAAUCCGACUCAAAUCCACUGCUACAUUUCCUGAACCCCAUAUGGUUUUCUCCUAAUGCUGUAGAGGAAUGGGCGGUUUACCGUGCGCGGAAAAUAUACGGCUCGUAGUUUGGAAACCAUGGAUGCAAGUUUAACGGCAGCUCGGAUUCAAAAUUAUUCGGAAUUGAAAAGGUUUUUGAAAGCUGAAUUAUACCUUAGAGUCGACGACGGCAAGGGUGAUAAUUUGUGAUGCAAGUAGCCGAGGCUGACAUGGAAAAGACAACCUGAUGUACCACAAAUCUGCCGCGAGAUUGAAGGAGGUCUAGAAUCCCCGCAAAAGACCUGGCUGACGGAACACACGGGGCAGCACGGUAAACCCAACCGUAACCUCAAAAGAAUGCCUAGUCCUUAACGUAAUUAUAAACCUAACGCUAGCCCUAAACUUGACACUAAACCUAAAUCACAAACCCUAGCCCUAAACCUAACCUUAACCCUGACCCAAAUUCUAAUUCCAACCUUGACCGUAACACAAAUCCCAACCUCAACCCCAACCCAAACCCUAACUUUAACCGUUACCUUACCACAACCCUAACACUAAUCGUAAACCUUAGACGCAAUCCAAACCCUACAUUUAACCGGAAUCCUUAAACUUAAUACAAACCCAAAACCUAAACUCAAGUCUCAGCCUGACACUAACCCAAACUGUUAUUAACGACAAAGACAAGGGAGACUAGAAUGGCCAUUUCUGGCCUAUUAGCCGUCAUCAGCCAGUCAUACCCAACCCCGAAGCGUGGUACACCUGGGGCUCAAACUCGCGACCUGUUAGUUCGAAGUCCACGCCUCUGGCCACUGGGCCACGUGCCCGUUGUCCUGUCGGUUUCGAUCUGGAAGAUACAAUAGAAGAGGGGCGCUCACCGAUCGUUCUUACGGAACUCACACUUUCCGUUGUGUCUUACGGGCUCUCACUCGGAACGAGUAAGUUCCGUAAGAACGACCGGUGAGCGCCCCUCCAUAUAUUCCCGAUCGAAGUCGACAGGAUAGGGACUUGUCUGUAUUAAAUGUGAUAAUGUUUCCUAUGACACGAGUUUCAUUGUAGCCAGUAGUAGGCUAGCGGGCGGAAAGAAUGGGAUCAAGUGAGAUCCUAACCGAAGCAGUGAGGGUCAAACGCUUACAUAACUUUUCUGAUUGCCCAAAAAUCCUCGACGAAUAAAAUAUCAACUUUUCCCGUCUACACAUUAAGCCCAACCAGUCGUGAAUAUGAAUUGCUCCGGUCAAAAGCUAAGUGGCGCAGACAAAUGGUCCUAGAUUCGGCAGCCAGUCGGUCCAACACAUUCGACAAAGACGGAUGUGACAAUUUCCACGCGGGCAACGUCGAAGAUGAUGAUAUCCCCAGAGCUUUCCUUACUGAACUGCCACAUUCGGCGAGCCGGUGUUUCAAUAGUCCGAGAUCCCAAACGUCUUCAUCCCGGUCGGCCGAUGAGACCAUAAUCAUCAGGACUCCGAAGGAAACUGUUCGGUCAGUGACUUCUGGAAAGUGGUCAAAACAGAAGUCGCAAGCCAUAACAGCUGAAAAGGUAACUGCCAACUUUCUUCCGAACAUCCAUGGCUGUUUUGUACAUAUGUAUAUAAAGCAGAUUAUAAAGUUCAGAUACCUCGAGCCGGCAUUACCUAUCCAUACGAACCUUCCGUUGCUAAUUUCGCCUACUAAAUAGUUCAAACGAAGUUUCUAUGAUAAAAGUGUGUGGUUAUUAUAAUAGAUGAUGAAAAAUGAGCCGAUCCAAACCAAUAAUAUUAGGGCAAAUGAAAGAAAACUGACUCAGUUGUGAUCUAAACAUUGAAAAACAAUGUUUUCCCCUUCGUGACUUGUGUUCAAACAGCCGGGAUUCUGUUCAUAACAUUUGGGGCCUGGCUGUAUUUUAUUCGAGAAACGGUUAUCAGAGCGUGCGAUAGUUUAGAAAAAUAUCCACACCGCCAGGCGGAUAUCCUGGAAAAGCUGACAUAAGGGCGCAAAAAAAACUUUUUUUUGGUUUCCAGCUCAGGCCAGUACUUGUUUUUCACUUUCUGCUAACUAGCAUUAUUUAAACUUAUAAUUUUAAGCCUAGCACUCAUCUGACGUUAAAGGACUCCAAUCUCUAUUUGCAGACAGUUGACGUGACUGACAUGGCAGAAGAUCUUCAAGGUAAGCUGUUAGGUUUUUAAAUUUCUGCUAUUCACAUCGCCAUCUUCAGGGAACUGUCAGGAAAGUACCAAUUCCUGCCUGUCACUUACUCGAAACUCUUCACCUUCUGCUUCUCUGUAACAACAGCUUUCUGUUAGCAAACUCGGCGAUGUGAUGUUGGAGAGAAGUUACGGCGCGAAGCCUGGUUCUUUCCACGCUAGCCACUGACAGUCAAUAACGCGGUUUUUAACGGUGUCCUAGGACCGCGGUAGUUGAGCAUUCCUCCAGACUCCCCGUGCCAGAUGUGGGAAGCGUGCGGGGGGUAAUCCACAUGUAACGAAAACCGGAUGCAUCCAUCGAGCUAUUUUGCAACCGCUCACUUCUUGAAAACUACUCACUGUAUCAUGAGACCGGCUCCAGUGGAGCGGAGGCGGCUAGCAGGUUAAUGCGAUAGGUCUAUUCUUAAACUAUAAUUUGUCAGUGACAGCGCUUAUCGUACAACAACUUCUAGCAAAACUUCUUACGACUUGGCCGUGUUUUUCACAAAUAAGUCAAUCAGGGCGGCAGAUACUGCACAGGUCUGGGAACGACACUGGCUGAAAUGUGCCCCACAACACGGUUGUCUGAGCACGCAUCAGAUUAUAGUGAUAGUGGACUUGCGCCGCCUCUACCGCACGCCCUCAUCCCUCACUCACCUGUGCCUAGUAGCAUGAUCGAGCCAGGACGGCCGGAGUUGGGAUCGGAGGCUGACAGGGUUGAAGAGCCCAUCUACGCGUGCCACACACGGCAGUAUAUCGGUCAGUAUAUUUGGAUUAAACGACAGAAGCCCUGAAAACUCAAUUCAGACGGUACAGAUGUAAGGUAAAAUAGCUAAGUUGCAAAAAUUUGGCCUGCGGUUGUAGUAAGAAGGAUUCAUAAGUCUAAUAAUGGAACAUAAAUGCGAAAGGGGUAUGGUAUUCGCGAAAUAAUUGCAAAAAACUUUGUUCACCGUAUUCGGACUGUGAAAAUUUCCAUAUGGGUCAAGUUUGACGCAUAAAAAGGAUCUCUUGAAAUCAUAUUAGUAGCAUAUGUAUAGUCAUUUCAGUAAUCCAUUAGAUCAGGAUUCGACAGUUCGGGUUGCCUUUCAGCAGGCGAGUAUCCAAUUUCCCCUUGAACACACUCACGGUAGGGGAAUUAAGAACAUAGUCCGACAAAGAGUUCUUUUGGCGAAUGACCCUCUGUGAGAAGAAGGAGGAACGUUGAUUUGUGUGAUUUUCUAAAAGCACGUCAAAAUAUUUGUACCGUGGGAAUGGAGUCCGCAGGGUCGGCUCCACUCUCCCUUCCCUCUCUCACGCACCAGCAGACUGUCUAAGCUGGUCUGCCGUCAAGCGCAGGGACUUGGGGCAAGUGGCCGACGCGGCCAACGCGGCGAGUGCCUGCGCCUAGGUGUGCCACCACAGCUCGCAUUUGUUACGCCGGAAUAACGCGCGCCUUCGUUGACUUGCUAGAUUUUCGAUUGAAUUCUCUGAUAUACGCAUGAAGGUGGGCCGUAUGCCUCUGCUUAUCUUGAAAUAAAACCCCAUUGUCACAUAGUUGGUGACUUUUCCGGCAAGCCAAGCGUCUUCUCCUUUCUAUGGGAAAAUCAGAGGAGACUUUGGUGCACGCUGCCUAUAAAUAAACCUUAGACGUGCGUUCUGAUACUGUUUGUCAUCAGAUGAGGUAAGCGUUUCUCAGUUAGUGUUCUGAUCGCCUGCCAGUACGCGAUCUCGUCAUUAUUUAGGGCUGGACGGGACCGGACGCUGCCAUGACUCAUCAAAUGGGACAGUACCUUUCAGGUCCACUUUGAGUGAUCCACCGAGCUAUAUUUCGACUUCAACACAUCGUCUGAGUCUUAAUUACUUACUACUUUUGGUUCGAAACCUUCGAGAGGUACACUUGAUGAUCAAUCACGGCACCCAUGCCCGCCCCACCUCUGCGUAUUCUGACCACACGCUGACCUGUACAAGGUGAGUUCCACUUGGAAUUAAACACUCCGUCCUUCAGUUCUGAACACGGGGCAACAUUUGGCAGUCAACGGGGUGCGCAUCUUGACGAGACACAAAUGACAACAAUGGUGGAGGCGUGCACACGAUGUCGUUAGAAAAGAAGGAGAAACGACUACAAAUCGCUUUAUUAUUUUUCGGCCGGCGGGGUCGGAGGGGACAGGCGCGUUGAGCGUCCGUCGUAAUCCCGGCGGCUUGCCCAGUUCCGGUCAUGCGGGCUAUGCUGUCGGGGCUCCAUUCUGCCUGCCUAGUUACAUAAGCAUUUCCGGUUAAAUACGAAUGCAUGAACCCCUCCCCGUGUUGCAGGUGGCCCUGCACUAAAGUCCUGGGGUAGGGGUGCCUAUUCUCAUGUUCUUACUCUAACUAGGAGCCUCACAUCCGCCCUCCUAACUCUGAACCUGACUUUAGCACUCGCUUUAUUAUUUUUCGGCCGGCGGGGUCGGAGGGGACAGGCGCGUUGAGCGUCCGUCGUAAUCCCGGCGGCUUGCCCAGUUCCGGUCAUGCGGGCUAUGCUGUCGGGGGUUCAUUCUGCCUGCCUAGUCAUAUAAGCGUUCCUGGUUGGACAUGAAUGUAUGAACCCCUCUACGUGGUACAGGUGGCCCUGCGCUAAAGUCCUUGGGUAGGGGUACAUAUCCCCGUGUUCUUACUACAGCUAGGAGCCUCCCACCUGCCCUUUUACCUCCAAACCUGACUUUGGCACUUGUCCUAACCCUAACCCCAGCCUAAGGCCACCUGUACUAUGGGAGGGGACUUAUUCCUGUUCCCUACUUGCAUUCUUAUAACCAGAAGCCUUUUUAACGUAGCAUGUAAGAAGACAAAAGUCCCUCUUUUGAUUAAAACUCUAUCAGAAGGCACUUAAAUGCCCGAACGUCAAAAUGUAAUAACAUACAACAUCAUUCCACGACCCUUAACGUAACAUGCGGCAUGACUAGUUGGUGGCAUUUUACGGACCCUUGCGAUUUCUUCGUUAAUGAGUGCCAACCUAUCCAUGCAUUCGACAGUUUGAUUUGCGAAAUUGGGUCAUUAUUACAUUUUACAGAAAAAAUUACUGCGUCUGGGUUCCCACAAUUUUUUGCAAACAUGAUUGGAACUACCGCUGGAUCUCAACCAGCCGUAUUUAUGCACCUGUAUUCAUCGACAUCGCGUGGACGAGGUUUGUUGGCUUCCGAGUCAACUGAUUAUUUCUUCACCAAUAACAUGUGUACACACUAUUAGCGGGUGCAUUUUAUGAAACGGAUCGGGUUUCCUUACAAAGGUCAUGACAAAUAGUUGCAACCUUUGUUAAUGUAAGGAAGAUAAUUAUCUUGAACAUUUCUGGGUUGCAUCCGAAAAUUCGUUGUGACGCAGGAUCCUGUGCAAAUGUGCAUAGAAUUAUAAAAAAGGCGAGCAACCCAAAACCAGAAACCCUAGAUAGUAAGACUGUCAACUUUAUUUGACUUCUGAGCAGUUCACUUUGCAGAAAAUUCUCAGGCAAAUCUCCAAAUCAUCAGGAAGUCAACAAGAGCUGAUUGAGGAUUCCUCUCAAAAUCAUGACUUUCUUCCAUGUAACAUUCUAAUUGGACUCUCUUUUGCGCACUGAGAACGUCAGCAUAAAGAACUCGUUAGCUGUGCGAAUUUGUAAAAGAAGCGGCUUGCGGAGGAGAAAGAGUCAGUCAGUCGGAUGGUUCUGUUUCGGGUUUGAACGACGGAUGCUCCCGUUCGGCACCGGAGGCUGCGGGGCUCACCGCGCAACCUUCACAGGUACAAGCAUUGAACGAUGACAAGACAAACGGGAACGGGUUUGGACACCGCGGCUGGCAAACAUGAACGACCUAUCUACGCGUGCCACACACGAGCUGGCUUCCACACCAUGUGCUAAACUAGUGUGAUUGUAAACGGGAGGGAGCACAGGUGCAAACCGACGCGCGCAUUAGCGACCCCGGCUCCCUCCCUCCCCCUAUAGUUGGUGGAGGGGGGGCAGCGUCAGUCUCUGAUGGUGAACAUUCGCGCGCUGAAGCUAAAGUCUACCAUGCCUUAAAACUGGUUCACUAACUGUUUCUGCGCCCACCAUGCUGUGAGGCACGCAAUGAACACUGGUGCUCGAACUGCCAUAGAAAGGCCUAAGGGCAGCUUACAAUAAUGAGACAUCAGAAAUUUAUAGGUUCCCGGUGUGGCCCUUAAACCUUAGGUGCUUAGAGUGUUGGCUAUACAUAAGCCUGCCCUUGUUAAGAUGGGUUCGAAUCUCACUAAGGUCGCAGAGUUCUCAACCGUUGGGUCAAAAUGAAUUAUUCAGAACCUGCUAAAAUACCUAUUAAGUAAGCGCAUCUAGUAGUCCUCAGGUUGAUUACUUAAGGAGUCCUGCUUGGGCAGUCAGCUUGCUGUGUCGAAAUUAGUUGCUUCCAAUACGUUGUAGUAGGCUGGGCGAGUAACCUGACCUAAAAAUGUGAUUGACUGUAAGCAAGCCCUGACCUUGUUAAUGUGGGUUCGAAUCCCAACUAGAGCGCCACGUCUUUCACAAAUGAGUCGAAUGAAUUUUUAGACUUUUUAAAUGGGCCUCAGCUUUUUCAAUUAUCUUUCAUGCCUUUAAGGUGUUCAGCCUACUUUUGUCGUUUUGCAGCCAUUAUCAUGGAUUACACUUUCAUAUUUUAGAUCUUCACCUUUCGACGUAAGUUAAUCCCCCCCCUCCCGAACUACAUUCUUUCUGGUAAGGAAAAAGCUGGAAUAAAAUUAUUCCUUUCAAGCGCCUGUCUUUCUUACUACAUUGAAUAAGCGAUGGGUAUGACAUUCAAAAAAUGACGUUCUAAUACCAGUGAGGACUGGCCGAAAACGUUUUCUAUGAGAAAUCCCUAAACUUGGGUUCACGAUUGGGUAUCUUUACGUUGGUAUUGAGUUUGUUGAUUUUGAGCCAAUUCCGAAAUUGUCCUUUGAUAGUUAGCACUCACCUCCGGCCGUGAUUGAUCCUUGGGCUUACUAGACAACCCAGUUCGGAGCCGGACUGGCGAACUUAGAGCCUAACAGUACACUACCCGAGGUUCGGACAAUGUACGUUCAUUUGAAUUUCAUUCGAAAUAACGAAACACGGGCCUGAGUACAGUAGGCGGGCUAACUCAUGAAAUGUCAACCAACAUUCCGAAAUGCGUUUUGUUUCUAAAAGAUUAAUUAAAUAGGGCUGUAAAGCAAAUCAUCAUGCAGCAUAAUUCUAUGAUAAUUCAGAUACCUUGGGAUGCCGGCUUUCGAGCGAAUUUCUUUCCGGCUGCAUGCAAAAACAGUACUCUGCACGGGAGGAAUGUGCCAGGGGAGGAUAGUGAGGAAGUGAGUGGACUUUGGGGGGGGGGGGGCAGGAUGACGAGGACACGUUAAACAGUAAACGAAAUUGGGAGAAUGGCUUAGCCGCAAGCCAUUCCGCGAUGGUAACCGCGCGCGCCUUCGGUCUCCGCCGCCACCCGUCCGGAAUCUAGGUCGUGCGGAAGGCGACGGCACACACUUUUUGACGGUCCUCCGAAUGUACGAAAAAUUAAAGUGAUUUUACUGGAGUCGGCUGGCUUCGGGACGUCUAACUUUGUCUUACAAAUAAAAAUUUUGACUGCGAGCCUUUCUCACACAUCUUUAAUUUGCUAGAGCUCCCGCACCAUCGAAAUCGUUUUCAGAUUGCUGGGGUUGGGCAACGGCUGUCCGAAAUUGUUGACCCCGUCCUGCCCGCUCCUGUCGAUUUUUGACUGGAUGUGGACAAGGUGACUAUUAAUCUUGAUCCUGAACGCCACCGCGAGCUUUUUGCACAAUGAUUCAGAUAUUUCCGACGAACUAACAGACAAACUGUAAUAAGCGAGUCGGUAUGUCAGUCAGUUAUGAGUCAGGUUACUUAAGGCCAACGGAUUGGUUACCUUAAAAUUCAGCUUAAGUAGACUAGAGAGAUUCAGUUGGGAUGCAUUGGAGGGUUUUUCUCAGUCAAUUAAUAACGCAACCUUGUGAUAUGUACAUACGCUUUCUUGCCUGUUCAGAGAAUCCCAACCUUUUCAACCAUUCCCGUUGACCGUUAAAGGGGUCAAGGCGUCCAAAAAGCCCGCGAUGGAAUUACCGAACCGAAAAAUGUUUUUCCGGAUUCCAGUAACUAGAACUACCCGGUAAGUCACCGCUCGUACUUAUUUGAACGCCCUUUCGAGAAAUGUCACGUUCAACUGUUAGUUUCAACCACAAGUCCAGCGGCUCCUUCAGAAUAGCUGCCUCAGUGAACUGAGCAUUCUCAGUUGUUUUGGCCUCUUUAAAGUCUCUCUCAGAAGUGUUUAAUGCAAUUUGCGUUGAAUUCUAAAUAACAGGUCUCGAGUUCGAGCCUCGGGUGUGCCACACUUCGGGGUUGGGAAUGGCUGCCUGAUGACGGCUAGUAAGCCAGAAAUGGCCAUUCCAGUCUCCCUUGUCUUUGUCGGUAAUGCCAUUCUGCCUUUAUCAUACGCCGCCGUGCGGCUGUUGGUUGGGCUCGAGAGAGAGCCCGUAAGGCACAACGGAACGAAUGAGUUCCGUAAGGACGAUCGGUGAGCGCCCCCUACCAUUUUAUAUUCCCGAUCGAAACCGACAAGGCAACGGGCUCGUGGCCCAGUGGUUAGAGGCGUUGGCUUCUAAAUAACAGGUCGCGAGUUCGAGCCUCGGGUUUCCAUACUUCGGGGUUGGGCAUGGCUGGCUGACGACGGCUAAUAAGCCAGAAAUGGCCAUUCCAGUCUCCUUUGUCUUUGUCGGUAAUGCCAUCCUGCAUAUAUAUGAAUUUAUAAGAACAUCGAAAAUCAAUAGGAAAAAUGCAUGCUACUUAAGUAGUCAUUUUAUGCUAAGUAUGGUCUCUGCAGGAGGUCAAAAAGAAGUGCAUUCUAAAGCCGACAUCCCGGCUAGUCCGAAAUGUUAUAGGGUUAUGCUGCAUGACAAUCAGUAUUUAUAACCCUACUUAAGUAAUCCUUUCUAAUCAGAAACGCAUUCCAGAAGUUUGGUCAACAUUUCAUGAGAUCGGUCAUGCACUGUAACUGUACUGCUCUGUGGAGAACUUAUUGAAAGCUACUUAUGCUCACCAACUUGUCUUCUGAGUUCUGAUACGGGAAUUUUUGCAUUUCCAAAACAGUCCAAACAAUCUCUAGUUUUCGAGCUGGGCGUUGACGUAAAAUUCGUAUGCUGUGUCAAUAUUUGUUGGUUGGGGUGAGUAUAUACCGCCGAUGCAACGGAAUUAAAAAUGUGCUAUAUUGGAGAGUGCGUCCGAGUGCCGACAUUUAUGGCGGGUCUGUUCUGUAAUAUUGAAUUUGAACCAUGGCCUGGACUGGAAGGGAUGAGAUAGUCUGAUGGCUUCCAUCUCGCUUUACGACAUAUCAAGUAAUUUAGGAAAAUUUAAAGGUGAAGUCGAGAAGGGCAGUUCGUGAUGACUGAGCUCAGGCAGUCAUGGAGGGUAAGUUUCGAUUACGUCGGGUUUAUCACUUGUCGAGGUACGAAGCUCAACAAGUAGAGAUUUUCAAAAUCAGAAGUCAAGAAGACGAAGUUGGUUGGAGAAAAUUUACCGUGACAAGAGAGUGUAGACGGGGCAAGUGCUCUCACUAACUCUUCAAGUUGCCAGCCUCCUAAGCGGAUGUUGGCGUGCUUGCGCCUGAGCUUUGUGGGGCUGCGAUCGAUCGAUAAAGAGAGAAAUAUCGAUCGGCGCCGCGGCGUCAGUGGAUCAAACGUGGAGUCAUACGAGCGCACGCGAAGCAUAACAGGAGUGCUAUACCAACCAAAAUCAGUAUGAGUAGGCGAUGCUCUGAGAACCAUGAGGGGAGGCAUCCGCAGAAGUUGUAUUGGAAAGUAGUAUCAGUUUAUGCUAAGUAUAACUGACGGAGUACAACGUAUUUCUAGACAGUCUGCAAACCGAACGAGUGCAGUUUUGGCCACCACAUUUUGGGGAGAGGUAAUUUCCAGUGAAAAGAAUAGAAGACAGCAAACGGCCCUAUGAUAUUUCCAAGGAAAGACGACUUAAAUUAUUUUAAGUGACGAAGAUCUGGGAAAAAUACGCACUAUUUGCAAUCUAUCUUACCUAGUAGAAGGCAUACUGUGGGAUUGCGGUCAACUUCAAUUUCUCAGAUGAAAUUUCGCUAACAUCCUCCCUCCACGUAGCGCUCCCUUCAGUAGAUGGUCUAUCUCAUGAAAUGCCAGUCGAAGUUCUGGAAUGUGCUUUUGACUCGAAAAGAUUACACAACUGCGGUUUGAUGUUAAUGAUCGUGCGGCAUAAUCCUAAGAUAUUUAUGUCAAGCCAGGAUGCCGGUUGUUCAACGAGCUUCUGUCCAGCCAUCAACAACUUUACACUCUGCAAAAAACGACUACUUCCGUAGUGUAGAUUUUGGUCGGAUCUUAUUUCGCGGCCGUACUUGCAGCUGACAAACCCCAGCCUAACCCCAACCCCUAACCCUCACCCCUAAUCCUAACCCCCGACGCCAACCCCUAACACCGACCCCUAACCCCAACCUCUAACCCCUAACCUCAACUCCUAACUCCAACCCCUAACCCUUAACCCAACUCCUUACAGGUACGGUUACGAAGUAAGAUCUUUUCUAAUUUUUCACCAUUGAUUUUAUAUGGUCAUAUAAAUUCAAAUGUAUUUUAUAGACACCACACAAAAAUAUUCCUCUUUGUACUCAUUAGGAACAAAUUUCGUCUUCUGUAUAAUUUGUAAAUGAAGAAAGGAUAUCUUUCGGUUUUGAAAGCGCUAUUUAAUCCGCAAAUAAUUUUGAACCCAAACAGCCGUUAUAUUUGCACUCAUGGCUUGCAAAACACAUGCUGUAUGUCUUUCAUGUUAAAAAAGUGAUGUAUUUCUACAUGCCACUAAAAAGACAUCAUAUAGAGCUCAUAAAAUUGAGCAACGGCUCAGGCUCUUGUCUUGUGUUGUGACGCUACUUAAGUAGUCUUUUCGAAUCGAAAGCAAAUUUCGGCAUUUCGACUAAAAUCUCAUGGGAUAGCACAUCUACUGAACGUGUUUUACGAAAUCUUAUUGGACUGCUGACUGCCGCAUCUGCUGCCCUCGCAAUUCGCGAGAUGGGCGGUCGCUUACGUGUGUGCAUCUUUAAAUUUUCAGCAAACGUUCCGCGUCCGGUAGAAGAAGGCACGGAAAGAGAAACCCCAGAAUACCACAGUGUCCUCAGAACUCAGUGCGAACGGACUUCGUCGAGGGCUCCGAAGACUGCCAAUUAGUUGACAUCGAGUGUGAGAACCCUAAAAAACGCGCGUCCGCUCUGAAAAGGUAAUUCAAACAAAAUGUACCCCAGUGCACGCCCAGAUAGUAGAGAUAUCAUUUAGAAGGAAACUGCAGAGACGACGAGACAGCAGUUCUGUUCAACACAAGUUUCACUUUAUCCUUAUUCAAUCCUCCUCCUUCAACCCGUAGCCGGACUUCCAGACGUUCAGCUAAGCUGGUCAGUUGGAGCAACUCGGUCACGGCCCAGCCCACCGUCAGAAGUGAUGAAGAUGGAACUGAGAAUACUGGACUCCUUGUCAGCGAGGAUUAUAGCGAAGUACGUGCAGUUAGACGACGUCAAAGGCCCGAGGUUGUCACUGGACCCCUGCCACGCCAGUCAGUGUCACCGAUGGUGCGUGACCGUAUUAGGCUAAUGGAGACGGCCAAACGACGAAUCAGGCAGCGGACAAUUCUCAUUUGCAACCGACAGGCGCAGCAGCAGCAGCAGCAGCAGGGUACCGCACCACCUCCGCAGCAGUCGUUACAACGUGGCUGGACAGAACUUAAUCUCCUGCCCUUCUCGAUGGAUGUCGGUAAACAAUCAGUUGUUUUGAACUUGCCUGUUGUACCGUACGACAGUUCGACCGUCGGUGUCAACGAUGUCCACAGCGAGCUCCGCAGCAGGUUGAGUGCGGGGGCGGUGACUUGCGCGUACAUUAAUUUACAGUGGUAG